UGCUUGGUCAACCAUGGAUGCCAUGGACAAGCCACUGGAUGCCGCCCCAGAGGGCGGAGUGGCUGGCGACGGAGAGGAUGUGAAGGUCCUGCAGGUGGAGUUUGAAAGCCAUCGGCAGAUCACGAAGGUUCUUCAAAGCCAUCGCGCGGAGCAGGUGAUCAUCACUACCAGCGACGUCCUGGACAUGAUGGCAGACUUGCGGCGCACGACCCGCAUCGCAGUGCUGCAAGGUGCGCUCUCCUCAUGGUUUGCGUAUGCCACAGGCCUUCAAGUCAUGGAGGUGGAUUGCACAGAGCAGCGGCAACAUUUGGAGGGAGAUGUUGGUACCCAUGUGGUCUUCCGAAUACGGCUCAAUGCGGUGUACGAGGAGGAAGUGGCCAAAGUGCCGCGGGAGGACCACAAGGGCCUCUGCGCCUUGUACCGAACGAAGCUGAUUGAAGCCCUGCCCAAGGAGGGUCGUUUAAGGAAACGACACCGCGGAACUACCGGGGAGCAUCCACCAUGA